AUGAUGUUUCGAGAGCAGCCUCAGCGGAAACUUGAUAGUCACCACAGAAUAAAUGCUGACCGGCCUCCAGCUGCAACUGUGAUUAUUAGCGAUAGCAGUGAAAGCAGCGACGGUAGUGAUUCGGAUGAUCAGGAGUGGCCUAUCAAGUGUAUCCUCCGUGAAACAGACACUGAGUAUCUGAUUGAUUGGGAGGGUCCUUACGAUCCAACUUGGGAACCCAAAGCGAACGCGAGUGAACUUGCUGUACAGGUCUGGAACAGGGAGAAAGCUCGGCGAUCAAGGGAACGAAAUCGAAAAUUGACACGCGAGGGGAUCACCAAAUCGCCUAUUGUCAUCGAGGUCUCUUCCUUAUCCCCAGAAGCAAUCAUCGACCUAGGGGACCACUCGCCCUUCGAUAAGGAAAGCAACGAGACCGAGCAGAGCGACACUGAUUACGAUAAUUGUUCAAGCGCUUCCUCGUCGCUAUUUGUGCGACAAGAGGGGCUUCCAGAGUUAGUAGACUCCCUUCGAUCUCAAUACAUUGAAGCCUCGGGCUGCUUUUACCGGACCUCCUCGCCACCCCGGUCUCUCUCCGAAAGUUCUCCGCCCCUGGAGGCUGUAUCCACCAACUCUCUUUCGCAGGCCACUGCUGCGUUUUUUGAAUAUAUCCCCGAGUCAUCUUUUCCGCCUGAAGACCUGCAACCAGGUGAGUGGGACGACGAGAUCGUGUUCGAUACGCAGCAGCGUGAUCCGACUUGUGACUCAAAGGCCGAUUUGGUUAAUAGAUGCUCAUCGCAUCGACAGUACUCUGCGGAAACCAACGGGGUUAUUGAAUUAUCACAUCCGAUCACGCCGGGUCUUGGACUGGGUUCAAAGGUCAUCGAAAUAGCUGAGACACCUGCUCAGCCGCCAGGUUUAGAAGCUGCAUCUGAUUUAUCGUGGCUCGGUUCCUUCCCUGUUGAUAAUCCUCCAUCUCACAACAAUUUGAUUUCUCGGCCUCUUGCCUCGUGCGGCUCAGUUGUCAGAGACUCUGAGUUCGUCCAAUCGACUUACCUGAGCUCAAUCCCAGAGACAGUUCUUCAACAAUUGUCACAAUAUCCAGAACAGCUCGGUGCUGACGGUUUCACUCGACCAGUGUUUUCAUCUUCUAAUCUCCUGGAAGAAGAACUAUCUGCCGAAACCAUGGAAGACAAACAGCCCAAGCUAUCUGACCCUUCUCUCUCCGACGCCCCAUUGGACCGAUACGAUCAAUUGCCAGGGUCUACCCCUGUGGAAAAGAUACGCAACGCCUGGGCACAACUCAACGACGAACAUCACUCUGAGCUAUCGCAAACGGCUAACGCUGUCGAAACUCCAUCCUCAGUUGGGGAUAUCGAAGCUUCGGUCCCUGUGUCUAUCCCCGAAACAACUGCCCCGCUUAGUGUGCGGGCCGACACAGAUUCCUUCUCCCAUUCACAUACUGCAGUUCAUCAUGGUCAUUCUGAAUCUUUACUGCCGCCCUCAGAACUAGCUCACGGAGGCCAUAUGACUCAACAUUCACUCCAAACUAUCCACCCCAGCGCCCUGACCGUCACCGACAUGGAUGAGGUUACGCCCGGUUCAGUCCACCUUGGGCCAUCUGAAUUUGCCGUCACCCUUCCGAUGGAUUCUCGUGUGAAGGAUGACUACGAAAGAGUGCUAUCAGAUGCAGCCACAAACAUACGCCAAUUUUUCGACAGCUUUCAGUCAAAUACUCAAAUUUCUGAGUCUGAGCGAGAGGUUUUGCAUGCACAAAUGCGAGAAGUCAUUGCGCGGUUGAGCAAUGUUUCGACCCAUCCAGACUUAAACAUCACCGACCAUUUGAAGGACCCUGACCCCGACCUUGCGAAAGAGGCAGCCUGGGCAGAAUACUCAAGCGCAAAGUUUCUUCUACUAGGUCAUCUCAUGGAUAUUGUAGGUACGCACGAGCUCCAUCUGAUUCUCGCUGUCGAAGACGAGAAGAAACAGACAGUCCUUGAGCGUUAUCUCCAAGGGAAGGGCUUCACAUACACCAGACCACGUGAAGAGAUGGGCAGCAUCAUGGAAGUUUCCCUAGCCAAGGGGUCGCUGAGCUUUGGAAUUCAUUCCAAUGAGACCGUCCGCGAACUUUACAAACCGCCGUCUGCUAUUUUUGCGUUGGAUUCGUAUUUCAGACCCAAAAGUCCAUCCGUACAGCACAUUCGAACGACUUAUGCUCGGAACGGGAACUUGCUUCCAGUCAUCUGGUUUCUUGUCGCCAACACAGGUGAACAUAUUGAGCGUUGUUUGCCCGAGUCACCGGAGCCCGAUCGAUUGCGUUUACUUGUGCAUUACAUUGCUCGUCUCCAUGAUGAGGUCGGUGAUCUUCAGGAUGAUGCCCUUGGCGUGCAUGAGGACGCAGAAGAAAUUCUUGGGUACCUCUUGGGUAGUGUUGCUGGUUGGCCAUUACCUACCAUUGAGCCUUUGAAUCUUGUGUCCCUGGAGGAGUUAGAGUGCGAGAGCUCUCCUUCAUCUGACGAGGCGACCCAGCCGGCUCAGAAACGCACACUAGACCAUGAACCCGAGGAACACUCGUCAAAGCGCGCACGGGUCGGUACUCAAGAGAACAGCCAGUUGACUGAGUCGACUAAGCCUCCUAGUCAAACAUUGGACCGCGAUUUGCAAUCACUAGAGAAGAAUCUAAUGCAGAUGAAACACAUCCAUGCCACUGAAACGGCUCAGUUUCACGCUGAGCUUUCUCAGGCAUAUUCUCGAUGCCAAGAAAUGGAGAAGGCGCUGGGUAUUCUACAACACCGUUACGAGAGCCGGACCAAGGAACUCCAUGCAACUCGCCUAGAGCGCGAUCGGAUGAAUGAGAAUAAGCCGUCUUUGGAACAGCGCGUCGAGAAACAAAAAGAAACCAUCUCAAGUUUGAAAGAAGAACGGACAGAGCUAAAGCGCGAGCUUGAUGAAGCCAGGCAAGCACUCAAAGAUGGCGGUGGUAGUUCUGCCGAACUGGAGAAAGCCCGCGAGGAAAUCCGCCGCCUCGCCAAAGAGAAUGCGAACCUUGAGCGCAAGGCUGAGUUCGAGAAAAAUCAAGCCGAGUACACCCGAGAGCAAUAUCAGACCGCAUCUACCGCGGCCGCGCAGUCCGGCACAGAAAGUCGCCGUUUAGCCACCGAAAAUGAGAAACUAAAGCGCAAGGCCGAAAGCAACGCCGUCCAACUUCGCCAAUUACACAUGAAGGACGAGUCCGCUCGUCAUCUAGCUCGCAUUGAAGAGCUCGAAUUAAUUCUCGCUACGCGCGACGAAUUCUUACGCAGGAAGGAAGAGGAGCUUCGUGAAAUCCGAAAGAAUCGUCCAUCUACUCGCUCGACUAGCACUCAACCACGAAGCCCCAAGUGGGCCGGCAGCCGUCCGACCAGCCCAGGGAUUGGUCAUAAUGGUAACGGCAAUGGCGGUCUUGGGGGAAGAGGCAGUGCGCUGCGAUACAGUUCGGAGAUGCCUUUCUGA